AUGUAUGGCACGCCUCACUCUCUCUCAACAAUGAACGGCAUUGGAGGAGAGUCUAUUGAUGGCUCGGGUACCAUCGACCCGGCAAACCUGAGUAACUCAGUCUCUGUUCUGCCAGUGCCAUCCCAUGCAGAAGCAAAUCCCCGUGGUAUCAAGCGUACUCGCACUCCAGAUCGCAGUGGGAAUGGCCAUACAGAAGGAGAUCAGGAUGAUGAAGACCAGGGUCGCCGCAAGCGAGGCCGUCCCCCGAAGAUUCCGCGGGCAACCUCGAACGAUCAUCCGGCCGGCACGCCAAUUCAAACCCCACAGAUGCAAGCACGCUCGCUUCCCCAACAUGCUGGAUCCCCAAAUCUCGCUUCUCCCCCAGAUAGGACUACCCCGACAAAGUCACUGGUCAAGGCUCUUCCAACAGUCCGGGACCACACAUCGGAUCAGCUGAAUGACGAAGGCGACGAAUAUAUUCCGAAGGAGUUUGAUGAUGCGGGAGAGGCCAAGGUAGAUGCCAUGGGUUACCUGCAAGGUGAUCGCGAAUACAAAUGUCGGACCUUCCGUGUACCCCACAGAAACACCAAGCUGUUUAUGUUGGCAACGGAGUGCGCAAGGGUUUUGAACUACCGUGAUUCUUAUCUACUGUUCAACAAAAACCGGUCUCUGCACAAGAUAAUCGCAUCCCAAGUCGAAAAGGAUGAUCUCAUCAACCAAGAUAUUCUUCCGUAUUCCUAUCGGUCCCGUCAGAUCGCGAUUGUGUCUGCUCGAUCUAUGUUUCGCCAGUUUGGAAGCCGUGUCAUUGUGAAUGGCCGGCGGGUUCGAGAUGAUUACUGGGAAAGCAAAGCCAGGAAACAAGGUUUCACUGAAGAGGAUCUAGCGGGCGAGAAGCGUCCGGGCGCUGCCAAGGUCCGAGAUGGAUCUACAGUAGAUACCACAACUUCUAGUCUGCUACCGGCCCUUCCUCACAAUGAUGUGAUCUUCAGCAAUACAGUGGAGCCGCUGCCUCCUGGUCUCUCCUUGGACGUAUCAGAUGGCUCUCCCUCGCUAACCCAACUCCCUAUGAUACACCUGGCCACAACAGAUGACCUCCGCUUGCGAGACUACAACGGUAUUCCUCGUGCUCGCCAAGAGCUGAAUGGUCAGAUUUACCACGAUCGGAGUCAGCCCAGUUCGGGUUCAGAGAUCAUCAACCAGGCCCAACACGCAGCUGAGUUCAACAAAAUUUUGUCGACACAGCGAAGCUAUCGACGGAAAGGGUUGGACGAGUUUUAUGCGAAGCCUCGCGAGGUCCCUGAGACAGAGGCACAGGCUACCACUGCCCUUGAAUCAGGUCUCUCCGUAUCCCAGCCCAUUCAACCUGCUCAGAUCCCUCCUCCAGGAAUGGCCAACCCAACUCAUACUCAACACGUCAUGCCUCAUCAGUCGGUGAUGAUGCAAGGAGGUCAGCAGACCUUCUCUCAGCCACCACAUCAACAAUCAAUCGGUCAAUCGCCAGUCAGGGGAAUCCCCGCAGGCAUGCGACCCGACCUGAUGCAUCAAAGACCAAACCCAUCCAUGUCUGCUGGUGUUGGUCAGCAAGCCCCCUACGCAUAUCAGCAACAGCAACAGCAGCAGCAGCAGCAGCAGCAGCAGGCACAGCAGCAGGCACAGCAAGUGCAACAACAGCAGCAGCAGCAACAGCAGGCACAGCAACAGCAAAUGUGGGGCCGGCCACCACCACAACCUCAGCAGUCGCCUAUGUCCUCGGGUCAGCAAGGCGUCAAUAUGGCCCAGUAUGCUCAGCAAAUGGCCGCGGCUCCGCAGCAGGCACCGUCACCCCUUCAUCAUGCUCAGCAGCCACAGCAAUCUCCCCGCAACGUGCCCCAGAUGCCCCAGCAGUACCACCAAAUGCAGCAGCAUCCACAGGCCCAACAGCAGGCUAUGGGAGGCAUGGGUUUCCCAGGAGGGAACCCUGCUGCUUACCAAGGUAUGGCACGGGCAAUGUAUCCUCAGGCUCAAGGGGGGCCAGGCGGUCAGGCCUACAUGGCUGCCAGUCCUCAGCAGGCCAGUAUGGCGAUGAAUAUGGGUGCAGGUGGUAUGCCAGGGUGGCCUACUGGCCCUGGUCAGCCGAUGCAACCUGGUCAACCCCAGCCAGGUCAGUCAGGAAGCCCAUUGGGUGGAUGGUCAGGCUACUAG